AUGAAGACACCGGCAGUUGGCAUUGACUUCGGCAGCAGCCAGCUCAGUGCUGCUGUUUUGCAGAACGGAAGGGUCGAGGUGAUCUCGGACGACAGCGGCGCAAAAACCAUUCCGAGCAUCGUCGCUUUUACGGAGGAUGCAAUUCUGGCUGCAAUCAACCCCAGAAACACAAUCUCCGACAUCAAACGUCUCCUCGGUCGCCGAUUCAACGACCCUUGUCUGCACGAGGAUCUGAAAAGGUGGCCCUUCACAAUCACCCACGACUCCGGACGACCCAAAGUGGAGGUGGAUUUUCGCGGCGCACGCCAUCGCUUCACAGCCGAAGAAAUCGCCGCUCUCCUCCUGGCCAAAAUCAAAUCGGUGGUCGAAACUUACCUAGGGGUUCCCAUCAAGGAUGUCGUCCUGUCCGUCCCGGCCAAUUUCUGCGACUCGCAGCGCCAGGCGGUGCUGGACGCGGCGUCCAUCGCUGGACUGCGAGUCCUGCAGCUGAUAAACGGACCCACAGCAGCCGCCCUUGCCCUCCAGAAGGACCUGAAAGGGCCUCGGAAACUUCUGAUAUUUGAUUUCGGAAGUGCAACCUUAGACGCGAGUGUGGUCUUCGUGGACAGGGAGCAUGUGGAGGUCCAGUCGACCUCAGGCACCGUCCACCUUGGAGGUCAGGACUUUGACACGAGAAUCAUGGGACACUUGAUCGACGAGUUUCGGGAAAGGCACAAAAUGGACCUGAGGGCGAAUCCGACGGCUUUGACGAGACUGAGGGCUGCUUGCGAAGAAGCCAAACAGAGUUUGUCCGGCAGUCCGCUCACCAUGGUUGAACUGGACGCCCUUUUUGAGGGCAUCGAUUUCAGAGCCAAGUUGACGAAGGCAAAAUUCGAAGAUCUCUGCCAAGAUCUCUUUAGGUCUGUUUUGGACCCAAUUCAAAAAGCACUCUACGAUGCAAAAAUGCGAGCCGAGGAAAUCGACAACGUCUUUUUGGUCGGCGGUGCAUCAAAAAUGCCUCAACUCCUGCCCAUUCUGCGCAAAUUCUUCAAAGACAAAGAAGUCCUCGUGGACAGUGCAGAGUUUGUGGCCCGCGGUGCGGCCAUUCAAGCGGCCAUCCUGAGCGGCGAGUGGAAAAACCGGCCCUUGCAAGUGCUAGAAGUGGCGCCCUGGAACAUUGCCUUGGCCACCCCUACCGGACUAGACUUCAUUAUUGUGGAGAAAAACUCGCAACUGCCGUGCAAAAAACAAAUGACCUUCACCCUCGGAGGUCAGUGCGUCACUAACGCGUUCAAAAUCUUUGAAGAAGACAAGAACGGAAACAGGAACUUGGUCGGCGUGCUCAGAGUGCCUCACAAAAACUUCACCUGCAUCGCAGACUUGACCCUGGAGGUCGACCCGAGUGGCAUUUUGAAGGUCAGCGGCCAAACUGGAACCGUUUUCACAAAAUUCGCCCCUCUGAACGAGGAGGAAGUGAAAAAGCUGCAGACGAAUUUCGACCGGCUGGACAUCGAGGAGAAAAUGCAAAAACUGCGAUUGGAAACCAAAGCGCACUUGGAGAAUUUUGUGCUGGAAGUGAAAAAGGGCGUCAAGGACUUCGCCGACAAACUAACCCAGGCCGACAAGGACCGAGCGGUGAAAAUCUGCGACGAGGCCGAAAAGUGGUUGACGCGGACCGAAAGUUGGGAGGAGGGCUUCGAGGAACAGUGCCGGGUGCGAACGUUCGAGAUGGAGCAGGCGCUGGCCCCGAUUACGGCGCAGAUCCACUUUUUGCGUCGCAGGGGAUUGCGGCGGGUGGGACGCAACGACCACCGGCCGUGCGGGCUGCAGGCCGAACAGGAGCAGCCCUUCGACUACAGCAUGAGAAGCAGGCAAGGGCGCGGCUUGGAAGAGGUUGAUUAA